AUGUGCGAACUGACGAAAGAAGAAAACGAUUUGAUUGGCUCAAUUCGACCAAUCAGCUUCUCGAUUCCGAAAGAUCGUCGAGGUCACAUUUUGUUCUCGUUAGUGGAUAUUCUGUGUGCUUAUUGCUAUGACGUUCGAAUGACACAGAAUGAUCCAAACACGGAAUCAGCAUGGACGAUCUCCAUCCUCUCCCCCACUUUGUCCUGGUUGAACCAGCUUUCAUCUUUGCACACUGUUCUUGUGUCAUUUAUUAGGAGAGUUCUCAUUUAUCCUUACCUAAGAAGAUAUGAUCUAGCGAGGUUGUGCAUUCGGGAUUGUGCAUUGAUCAUCAAACUUGGGAAGCGUCGAAUAUUAAAAUGCUUACUUGAUAUUAAGAAGGUGUUUAAGUACUCCGAACGAAAAUAUAUUUUGAAUACUCUGUACAUUGACAAGUACAUACUGUGGAUCCAGUCGGUUGAUUACCCGGUUCUCUAUGACCUCUCUGAGGAGAUUAGCGUAUCGUUGCACACAAUGAUCUUAUUCGUAGUAUUUACUGAAAACAAGAAUAAACCGAGAGGUUCUUGA